GCCCAACAAAACCCACAUCAAUUUGCGACUUGCUGGCCACCAACCCGAGAGCCUAUCCACAGCUUGAGCCAUGGGGCCGCCGCGGUUGCUGGCGCUGGCCGCGCUGCUGCUGUGCCGCCUGUGCGCGCUCCCCGCCCCGGCGCGGUCGCAGAACGCGACCACGCCCGUGGCCGCGCCGGCGUCCGUGGAGGGGUUCAACUGCUCUGCGAACCGCUCGUACCCGUGCCAGGCCUACGCGCUCUACCGCGCGGGGUUCGCGGGCGUGCCGCUCGACCUCGCGGCCGUGGGGGACCUCUUCGGCCUCAGCCGCUUCAUGGUCGCGCACGCCAACAACCUGUCAACCACGGCUUCGCCGGCCGCGGGGCAGCCGCUGCUCGUGCCGCUCCAGUGCGGCUGCCCCUCCGGAUCCCCCAACUCCUACGCGCCCACGCAGUACCAGAUCAACCCGGGGGACACGUACUGGAUCGUCUCCACCACCAAGCUGCAGAACCUCACGCAGUACCAGGCCGUGGAGCGCGUCAACCCCACGCUGGUGCCCACCAACCUCGAUGUCGGCGUCAUGGUCACGUUCCCAAUCUUCUGCCAGUGCCCGGCCGCCGCCGACAACGCAACCACCGCGCUUGUCACCUACGUCAUACAGCAGGGCGACACCUACUCGUCCAUCGCCUCCGCCUUCGCCGUCGACGCCCAGUCGCUCGUCUCCCUCAACGGACCCGAGCAGGGCACGCAGCUGUUCUCGGAGAUACUCGUGCCGCUCCGCCGGCAGGUGCCGCAGUGGCUGCCGCCAAUCGUGCUCCGAAACAACGUCUCCACGACGCCAGCGUCCCCGCCUCCGUCCGCGUCUCCCGCCGCGACCGUUGUGAGCAACGACCGGAACGGGGUGGUCACAGGGCUGGCCGUCGGGCUGGGCGUCAUCGGUGCGCUUUGGCUGCUGCAGAUGCUGCUGCUGGCCUGCCUGUGGAGACGCCUCAAGGCGAAGGGGCGGCGGGGGGAUCCGGUGGUGAGCGGCGGCGGCAUCGAGGGCGGCAGGUUUGCCAAGAGCGCGUCCGGCCGCGCCGGCGGCGGGGAUAGGUUCUUGGUCAGCGACAUAUCCGAGUGGCUGGACAAGUACAGGGUGUUCAAGAUCGAGGAGCUGGAGCGCUGCACGGGGGGAUUCGACGAUGCGCACCUCAUCCAGGGCAGCGUGUACAAGGCGACCAUCGACGGCGAGGUGUUCGCCGUUAAGAAGAUGAAGUGGGACGCCUGCGAGGAGCUCAAGAUCCUGCAAAAGGUUAACCACAGCAACCUGGUGAAGCUGGAGGGGUUCUGCAUUAACUCGGAGACGGGCGACUGCUUCCUGGUGUACGAGUACGUGGAGAACGGCUCGCUGGACCUGUGGCUGCUGGACCGCGACCGCGCCCGGCGGCUGGACUGGCGCACGCGCCUCCACAUCGCGCUGGACCUCGCCCACGGCCUCCAGUACAUCCACGAGCACACCUGGCCGCGCGUGGUGCACAAGGACAUCAAGAGCAGCAACGUCCUCCUGGACGCUCGCAUGCGCGCCAAGAUCGCCAACUUCGGCCUCGCCAAGACGGGCCACAACGCCGUCACCACCCAUAUCGUCGGCACGCAGGGGUACAUCGCGCCCGAGUACCUUGCCGACGGCCUCGUCACCACCAAGAUGGACGUGUACGCCUACGGCGUCGUCCUUCUCGAGCUGGUGUCUGGGCGCGAGGCCGCCGGCGAGAACGGCGAGCCGCUGUGGGCGGACGCGGACGACAGGGUGUUCCGCGGCCGGGACGAGAGGCUGGAGGCCCGAGUGGCGGCGUGGAUGGACCCGGCGCUCGCGGAGCAGACGUGCCCGCCGGGAAGCGUGGCGAGCGUGGUGGGCGUGGCGAGGGCGUGCCUGCACAGGGACCCGUCCAAGCGCCCCAGCAUGGUGGACGUGGCCUACACGCUGUCCAAGGCGGACGAGCACUUCGCCGACUACUCCGGCGAUAGCGUAUCCGUCGACGGCAGCGGCGAAAUCGCGGCCCGAUGAACCAUUGGUUAGUACUCGGUCACAGUUCUUAGCCAUCAGUUCGCGUUGUAAAUGUUAAGGGUCUAGCGAGUGAUAAUGAGUGAGCAGAGCAGUGAGUAAUAACGCCGGCAUUACGACGGCUGAGGUCCGUGGGAUCAGCUUGAGGUGUUAGUAGUGUAAAGCUGUGUUUUACUUACCCAGAUCAGGAUCAAUGCGUCUUUCAAAUAUAAAGUAAGCGAUUUGCGGCUUGGCUGA